AUGCUGUCGCCGCUUGCAAUGGGCGCGCAGCCGGCCGAUGACCUUCCCAGACCGCAUGAUAGAGAUAGCCGCCCCGGCGAGAAGAUUAAGUCCUUGGAGUUGGACGCAAUCCUGCUUCUGGACUGCCAGUCAACAAGAGUCAAUGAGCUGAUUCUUCUUCAACUGCAGAUCGGACUCAAGAACCUCAAAGAGGAUUUCAUGGUGUUCUCGGAGGCCGUGGGAUCGAAACUCAGGCCAUUGCAUAGCAAGCAUAUGACCUGGAGAACGAUUCCCCUCGUCCGUAACAUUGUGUUCGGGGGCGAGCCCGACGACGAGGAUGACAGCGACGACGAGGAUGACAGCGACGACGAGAACGACGGAGAUUACGAGUACUACGACAUCCUCUCGCCCUUUGAUAUGAACGAUGUCAGCGAUACAGACAUGACCAGUGAGGAAGAUGAUGAUUCGGCAGAGCUGAUAAGUACCGGAUUCGGCCACGACCUUGAGACUCUCAAGCCCGCCGGUCUCCCGUUUCUGAGGGCCAAGAAGGGCGAGGACGGUUCUGAAGAAGAGAGACCCGUCAUCUUCCAGAACGAGUUCUUCGAGAUCCGGCGCUCUCCUGUAGCCGGUUGGGGCGCGUUUGCCACGAGGAAGCUGGACAAGGGAGACCAAAUCCUCGUUGAGAAGGCCCUUUAUCAUGCGACUUAUGAGGAUGUGGAAUCUUCUGUCCUCAGCCUUCACGAGCACGAACAGAAGGUCGCCAAUGAUCUGCAUGCCCAUUUCGGUCGCGAUGGAGAGACCAAGGCGCAGGCUGUUUGGAACACCAAUGCGUUCGCAUCCAAGCUACCCAAGGACACCGUCUCGACCCGUAAGAAGGGUUCGGGAGCAUGUAGGGAUGUUGCCGGCCUCUUCCCUAUCGCUGCUCGCUUCAAUCACUCCUGCAAUCCCAAGGUGGGGUACAGAUACGAUGCUGAGGAGGAGGUACUGAUAUUCGAGGUCCGCGCUUGGGUCAUCGAAGAGGGCGACGAGCUGACCAUCAGCUACGGUAAAGAUCCCUCGGUGUUGUAUUAUAAGUUCGGAUUCAACUGCGGAUGCGGCUACUGCGGCGGUUUCGACGAGAGCAGGUGGAACUUUUAG